GGCCGGGCGGGGGCCAUGGCGGCGCCGCGCUCCUUCAGCGCCGCGGAGGUGCGGGAUCGCUGCGCGCGGGGCGAGUGCCUGGUGCGGUGCCGCCGCCGCCUGUACGACCUGAGCGCCUUCGUGCGGCUGCACCCCGGCGGCGAGCGGCUGCUGCGGAGCCGCGCGGGCACCGACGUGAGCGCUGCGUUGGACGGGCCCCCGCACCGGCACUCGGCCAACGCCCGGCGCUGGCUCGAGCAGUACUACGUAGGCGAGCUGCGGGACGAGCAGGUAGCGGGCUGCGGGAGGCCCGUCCGGUGCCAUGGGGGCGGGGUGGGGGCUGUGGAGUCCGUUGGGCGUUCCGGAGUUGCGCUGGAGGGGAGCGGGGUUCAGAAGGGCGCGUUGGGAGCAGCGUUGGAGAGCUGCCCCAAGGUGGAGAAGCCGUUGGACGCUGCAGCCCCACGCGUGGAUCCCCGCUGCAAGCCGGUGGACGUGGGCACGGACCUGGUAGACUGGCGGAAGCCCUUGCUGUGGCAGGUGGGCUACCUGGGGGAGAAGUACGACGAGUGGGUGCACCAGCCCGUGGAUCGGCCCAUCCGCCUCUUCCACUCGGAUUUUGUUGAGGCCCUCUCCAAGACGGCGUGGUACGUGGUGUUCCUGGUGUGGACCCCCGUGGUGCUCUAUCUCAGCUGGGUCAGCUACACGGCCCUGGCGCAGGGCAACACCAGGCUCUUCUCCUCCUUCACCACAGAGUACUCCAUCCCCGUGCACAAAUACUACUUCCCCUUCAUCUUCCUCCUGGGGAUGUUCCUGUGGUCCCUGCUAGAGUACCUCAUCCAUCGCUUUGUCUUCCACAUGAAGCCACCCGCUAGUAACUACUAUCUCAUCACCCUGCAUUUCUUGCUGCACGGGCAGCACCACAAGUCCCCCUUUGACAGCUCCCGCCUGGUCUUCCCCCCGGUGCCGGCCUCGCUGGUGAUCGCUUUCUUCUACGGCGUGCUGCGGCUGCUGCUGCCCGAGGUGCUGGGGCUCUCUGUCUUCGUUGGGGGGCUGUGCGGCUACGUGGUGUACGACAUGAUGCACUACUACCUGCACUAUGGCUCGCCGAAGGAAGGCACCUACCUGUACGGGCUGAAGGCGUACCACGUCAAGCACCACUUUGAGCACCAAAAAUCAGGCUUCGGCAUCACCACCCGCUUCUGGGAUCACCCCUUUCGGACACUCAUUCCGGAAGAGACCUUCGAGAAAGAGGACUGAUGGCCCCAGCACUCAGCCAUCCGUGCUCAGCACCGCUGGGGACGUGGGGGGGAAUACUGUGCUGCUGAGGGUCUGCACCGUCCCUCCUCUCCCUCUCUGUUGCCCAUGGGGCUGCUCCAUCCCCUUGAUGUUGCCAGCGGGGCUGGGAGGGUACGGAUGUGGGGAGGGGUCAGAGGAGGCCGUUGGGGCUUCAGCUCUUCCCACUGUGGGCGCUGAUGAGUGGGCAUCUCUGUGCCUGAAGGAUGAAGUGCCUCGAGCCCCCCUUCCUGCCAACCUCCCUCCCUUGGUGCGCCUCUCUGAGCAGCCCGAUGCACUGCACCCAACUCCUACCCAGGGGCUCCUAUCUCUUGGGUUACCUGCGGGGGAGGAGGGAGACAAAAUAAAUGAGGGAAAUAAAACCAAACCAGCACUGCCUGCCCAUGCAGUGGACUUUCCUUGCUCUGUGGUGCCAGGCAGGCAUCUGGCAGGGCUGGGCUCGGCCUUUCUCUAACCAGUGCUCCCCAUCUCCCUGCCAGAUUCGUUGACUUCACAUUUGUUGUAGUCCUCAGCUACUUGAAACUUAAACUCCAAUGAACGGAUUUGCUAAAAUAUGCCUUUUUUUUUUUUUUUGGCUGAUCUUGUGAUUAUUAUUAUUUUUUUUUUCUAAUGUUUACUGCGGAUAUUUAAAGGUUUGGAAUGAAGCUAUUAUGUACAACUGUAGACAUGACAAUUGUAAAUAAACUGUAUAUUUUGAAAAAUAAAACCUUUCCCCGAGGGCCUGGCUCUGGGCUGGGGCUCUUGAGGUCACCGUC